CCUUUGAGGAAGUGUUGUGUCUUUUUCUUCGUUCAGGGACAGAAACUCAGUUUGUGCGUGUGAGUGUAUGUGUAUGUGUGUGUGUAGUGUUCUUGGUCUCGGUGGGUUGCGCGUGACACGCCGACGGUGCGCCGGUGCCGCGUCAUGGCUGCGCGAGAGCCUGAAGACGGAUUAAGCAAAACUUCCAAGCGCACAAUUCCUGGCGAAAAUGAAAGUGAAAAUCCACCUGAGAAAGAUGAGGAGCAGAGCAAGUGGAGCGUCGAAAAUAACUGGGGCUUCUCAUUAGAGGGAAUAUUCGGACUUGCACUUAAAUUUUUUAAAGACAUGAAUGGCAAGGCUUUCAAUCCAACAUAUGAAGAAAACCUGCUGUUUGUUGCACUUCAGAAACAAAUCUUCUUUGGUCCUUAUAAUCCAAAGGUUUUCCCUGAGGUUGGGUUCUUUGAUGUCCUGGGGAAUGACAGAAGGAAAAAAUGGGCAGAGCUGGGCAGCAUUGCUAAAGAGGAUGCCAUGGAGGACUUUGUGAAGCUUCUGAAUUCCUGCUGUAGUCUGUUUUCUCCAUAUGUCACGUCUCAUAAGAUCGAGAAGGAGGAACUUGAGAGGAGAUUAAGAGAGGAAGAGGAGCGACAUCAGCAAGAAGAAGAACAGCGUUUGGAAGAGGAGAAGAGGAGACAGGAGGCUGAUCGCUUACUAAGCAACCAGCAGAAGCAACAGGUUAUGGUUGCUCUGAAUGCACACACACCAGUGCAGUUCCAGCAGAAUGCAGAAGCACAGUCCUCCAAAAGGUCAGAACAGCAACUGCUACUCAUCCAACAGCCUCAGGAGAGUAUUCAGCAGGCCCACCAUACACACCAGGUCAGACAGCAGGGCACAGCUGAAGCCCCAUCACCAGAUUCAAAUGACAUGGCUUCAGGUACAAAUCCCAUCAGCCAAUCAGAGUCAUCACAGAGGAAAACAGCUGAAGCAAACCCCAAACAAUGUCAUUUAUUCGUAGAAAGCAAAUCAGGAGAACUGCCCAUCAUGGCGCCCUCCAUGUGGACGAUGCCUCAGGUAAACGAAUUUAAGGAGAGGACGCAGCAGGAUGCAGAGUCUGUGAUCACUGUUGGGAGAGGCGAAGUGCUAACCGUGCACAUCCCCACUCAUGAUGAUGGCUCUACAUUCUUCUGGGAAUUUGCCACCGAUUACUACGACAUUGCCUUUGGCUUAUACUUUGAGUGGCCGAACACAGUAAAUGGUGUGAGAACUGAGAAGUUUGCAGAGUCUGUAUCUGAAAACCAAGAGGGAGGCCAGGCUGAAGAGGCGAAUCGAAAGUCCGAGAAGAAAACCAGAAACGAAGUCCCUCGGGUUAGCGUGGUGGUUCCACUCUUUCGGCGGGACAGCCAUGAGAAUGUGUAUGCAGGCAGUCACCAAUACCCAAGCCAAGGAGUUUACUUGCUCAGAUUUGACAAUUCCUAUUCGCUCUGGAGGUCAAAGGUUGUGUAUUACAGAGUCUACUACACCAGUUAGAUUUAUUAGAGAGACACAAAGCCUGAGCUCUAAACUCCUCACACACAUGAAUUUCUCAUUUAAAUAGUUACUAAUAGGUUUCCAAACAAGUUAAAAAGGUCACACAAACACUACAGUAUGUGCAGAUUGGCUUAAUCUGUGCUUAUCUUUUUAAUGAAAAGAGGGUGAGAGGAAGGCUUGGGCCAAAGUUCUGAGCUGCUUUGUUUACUAGAGGCUAAACAGAUCCUGCUGUGCAAUUCUGAAAUACUAUUAAAUGUUUAAGUAAUUAUGGAGGUAAAAAUACUCAGGUUUCUUUAUUAGGUUUGUGUUGAGCUCUAAAGAAAUCCAGUGCAGUAGAAGACCAGCUCAAAGGCCAAUACAUAAAAAUGUGCAAAUCCAAUCAACAGUCUUCUCACUUGGAGUAAAAUGGAGUAACAACAAGCUAUAAAAUUGUGGAAUGCAUUCUCACAAAAGCUUAAUUCCCCAACCUAUACCAAAUUAUUACUGCCUUGGAUGUAGAGUUGUGUCAUAUUAUUUCCAUUUUUAAUAAUGGACUUCAUGGUCACAGUUUGGGAAUUUUUUUCCACCAAAUCCUGAUUGAUACUUUUCCAGAAUUUUGUCUUGACAGCUCCUUGGACUUCAUGAUGCUGUUUGUUUAGGUAUGUUCUCUAACAAUCCCUGGGGCCUACCAAGAACAGGUGAAUUUAUACUGUGAUCAUGUGUCACUUUACUCAUGCACAGCUGAACUCCAUUCAGCUUAAUUAUGUAAGUUGAAUGGAGUUUACCUAUGUACGAGUAAAGUGUCACAUGAUUGCACCAGAACUAAUUUAGGGGUUUCAUAGCAACAGGGGUGAAUACUUACACAAUCACUACUUCUGCAUUCUUAUUUGUAAAAAUUUGGCAAACUAUAUUGAUUUUCUGCCCGCUUCAAUAUGAUAGACUAUGGACUUGUGUAGAUUCAUGACAUAUAAUCACAAUGAAGGCAAUGUCAGUUCCAGCUGAAACACUACAAAAUGUCGAAAAGUUCAGAGGGGUGAAUACUUAUGCAAUGCACAGUAUCUCAUUGGGGGACAAUUAUAGUUAUUUUCGUCCUACCUACUGUAACUGCAGUAGUCCUUUCCUUAUACUGUUUACAUUAAUAUUAACAGAAUGACAUGACCAACUGCAAUGACAACAGAUUUCUCAACAGCAUUCCUUAAAAAAAAUAUAUAUAUAUAUUUUUUUUUACAUGUACAGGUUAUUGACCUGUAAUUAUUGUUUCCAUUUUAAGUGUUCCUCUGAAGAAAUGCUGUCAAACAAAUGAAAUUUGUUGUACUUUAAUGUUUGUCAAUUAUUUAUUAUGAUUACUUUUAAUGGUUAAAAGCUGCAAAGUGUGAUUUUGUAAAACUCUAACAGAGCAAAGGAUUUAAGUGUUCAAAUGUAAUAUAUCGAUGACUAUCUGUAGGAUUUGUAUUGUAAAUAAAUCUUACUGGUUAGUGGUUAUCAGUAUACAUCCUCUAUGUGUUGAAAUAAAUCAUAUCAUAUCAACUGCA